UGCAGAUCGGGUCGAUUUUUAAUCUUUAGCACCUCUCCUUCUUCUUCGUAUUGCCCCAUCAACGCUUCACGAAAUCAUGAGAGACAAUCAUGAUUUCAAACCGAGAUCACUGAGGUUAUGAUGAGAUUGAUAUCUGGGACGUUCCCGUCCGUCAAGCUUCGCGAUUACAACCCUAUCUCUAAAAAAUCUCCAAACUCCAUUAAAUCGAAAACUUGUAAAACCCAAGUCCCGAUAUCUUCAUCCUCUUCUUCCCAUGAAAAUUCCGAGAUUCCAAACCCCAAAUUAUGGUCUGUUUAUCUCAUUCUCUCGACCAACGAACCCAUCAAAACCUAUGUCGGCAUCACCACCGAUUUCGCACGCCGAUUAAAGCAGCACAAUGGUGAAAUCAAAGGUGGUGCGAAAGCUUCAAGUGCAGGAAGACCUUGGGUUUGUGCCUGCAUCAUCACUGGAUUCACUUGUCUAAGACAAGCUUCCUCGUUUGAAUCGAAAUGGAAGAUCUUCACGAGAAAGUUACCGAGGAGGAGAAAGAAAGACAAAGAAGAGGAGAUGAGUCAGAGUGAAGCUUUGUUGCAACACCGGAGGAGAGCAUUGGAUAAAGUCCACGACUCACUUGAAUGCAGUCACCUCGAAACUGACUGGAAAAUUGCCACCAGGUAAAAACGCAACUAAUUUAUGUUGGGACUUGUGGACAACUGCAAAAACAGAGAGUAGAAGCCAUUGAGGUAUUGUAGCUUUUAAGGAACACAAUAUUACAACGUAUUGAUAACAAAAGGUCAAAGCAAAUGUAAUAAAGAUUGUACGAUUUGAUUUGGUUUGCGUCUACAGUUUAUAUAUAGAUCAUAAAACUAAUCAGAGACAAACAUCUUUAAGAUAUUAAGAUGGUGAACUUUAAAUUGGUGUUUUGA